AUGCCGCGCAUUCAGCCAUCUUUGUUGCGGCGUGCUAGGCGCCUUUCGCCAAAUAUCGCAAGCCUUCUUCCAGCUUGCCGGGACUUGAAUUCUGCCCAGAAUGAGCUCCGAUGGCUAAGGAGCCAUGUCGAUGAAUCACGGUCACGAAACAAAUCAUGGCUGUUAGAGAAUCUAUGUCGAAGAAGGGGGCGUGGUGAGCCACUUCAGUAUAUCAUCGGCUCUCAGCCAUUUGGCUCACUUGACAUCAAGUGCAAACAAGGUGUUUUAAUACCUAGACCAGAAACCGAAGCAUACACUUUCCAUCUAAUAAACCUCAUCAAAUCAGGAGAGCUUCUAGGACAAGAUGUAAGGAAAACGGCCCGCGGAGUAAACAUAAUCGACUUCUGCACAGGAACUGGUUGUAUACCUCUUGGACUUUUCUCAUCCCUCCAGCACUCAGUUGACAAUUUGACCGUGCGAGGAGUGGAUGUUUCACCUGUAGCCCUCCGACUCGCACAGGAGAACAUCGCACGGAACGUCAGGCUUGGAAAUUUGGUUAAGCCCACAAAACACAAGCGCCUUGACAUCACAAGGGCAAACGUUUUCAGUGAUGGCGACAUGCAGCAGCUCGCCGUUACCCCUUGGGAUAUUCUCGUGUCUAAUCCUCCAUAUAUAUCAGAAGAUAUCUGGCAUCAUGGCCGUGGGCAAUUUGGCUAUUCAGUCCGAAAAUAUGAACCGCGCCUCGCAUUGGUCCCCGAUAAGGACCUCCCUUGCCCUAGUAAAUGCAACCCAGCAGACGUCUUUUACGCACGGCUUUUGGACAUUGCAGAACUCCUUAAGCCCAGUGUGGUCCUGUUCGAAAUCGGUGACGAUGAGCAGGCCCGUCGUGUGUUGCAGCUGUACUUCAACCACCCAAUUGCCCAAAAGUCAAAGACUGAAAUUUGGCGUGACUUGCCUGAUUUCGAGGGAGCCAAGGAUGUAGAAAUCCUCUUGCAUCUCACUGAAUCAGAGGAAGAAUGCCGAGUUCCAGUGAAAGGUGAUGGCCUCAUACGAUCCAUUCUCAUCCACAACCUGGAAUGGACGGAGCGAUAG